UAUUUAUAGUACACAGAAAGUUCAUGUUCCAAAUUGCAAAUUAACCCGCUCAAGAAUCUCCAAGCGCUCUGGGUUUAUUCCCAGUCCUUCUGAAAUUAUACAUUCAUACAUGUGCAAGAGUGUAUUUUCUUAAAAAGCCCACUAGUUACUUAAACUAUACUAUGAAUCAAUACUGCAAACAUUGGCGGGCUAAUUAGUCAUUUAAAACUACUAACUGUACAUACGACGUAACUAGGCUAUACUAUAUGCAUGUGACCGAGAAGAGAAGUUAACCUGUACUUACUACUUUCACCUUCAUUGCUGUAAACAGAGACAGAUUUGUCUAAUCUGCCGCUCGAUUUUUGCGGUUUCUUUUAGUCAGUGUGCUGGUGCGUCUCGACAGAAAAACUAGCCAGACUAAUUACAACCAUCUGCUUACGUCAUUCGAUUUGCCUUGGGGAGCUGAUAUUAGUCAAGUGGAAAACUAAACUGCAACUUGGUCCAUGUGACGAUAUCCACUUCAGACACCGGACUUUUUUUUAUGUGGACGCUGUGUCAAUUGACAGUAACGGCAAAGGAAACUCUGAUUCAAAAAAAAAAUCAUGUGAGACGCCUAUAUGAUCUGUAUCGUGUAUUGGAAAACUUCACACUGUGCUCGCUAUCCUGAGAGCGCCACUGUAACAAAAGACAAGAAAGACAAAAAGGAAGACAACAAUCUGUGUGAAAAGACAACUAAGACCUAUGGAUGCAAUUCAGAGUAAUUCAUGGCGCUUAAGUUUUUGGCGUCUUUUUCCACAUUUUGAUUACUGAAGCUAAACACGAUACGCUCCAUCUACAUGACGGGAAAGUUUUUACUACAAGCUGAUCUAAACCUGCAAUAAAGAACGACGAAACGAUAAAAGACGCUUGUCUAUAAACGGGCUACGAGGUUUGUUUGUUGUUGUUUUUUUAAAAAAAAGGAAAAUUUUUGCAAAUGCAGGGAUGGGCUCCGUAACAUCUGCUUUGACCAGAUCGAAGAACGCCGUAGUCCAAGUGGGUUCGGACCCGGAGUCGGAGAGGAGCCAGUCAGCUCCGGAAUCCAUCCGUGGAAAGAGACGAAGCUUCAAUCGCACGAAUGUGUUUUCAACCCAGAGGACAAAGCAGAGCACAAGGCAGUCGCUCUCCGAGGUGCUGAAGACGCAGGAGAGCGGGGACUACGCACAGGGCUUGAAGUCGGAGGCAGAGCCCACAGGCAGCGUUAGCGCCGUUGCAAAUGAAGCGGGAGAGAACAACACACGCCCCCUGGCAAGGUUUGCACGCUCCAAAUCUCAGAAUGCUCUGUGGAAUGCCAUCACAGCUGGAAUUGGGAUCAGGGACAAAGAAAAGAGGGGAAUCCUCAUUGAUCCCCGAAACCCAGAGGAAAUCCUUGCAGAUGAGCUUCCUGCAGUGGACAGUCCAGAUGCCAUGGAGAAGACAGCUAUCAGGUUGCGGUGCCUGGUGAAGCAGUUAGAAAGAGGAGAGGCAUCGGUCGUUGACCUUAAAAAGAACUUGGAGUAUGCAGCUUCUGUGCUGGAGUCUGUGUAUAUCGAGGAAACCAGACGCCUUGUGGACACAGAAGAUGAGCUCAGCGACAUCCAGUCAGACUCGGUGCCCUCAGAGGUGCGGGACUGGCUGGCCUCCACCUUCACGAGACAGAUGGGGAUGAUGCUCAAAAGAACAGAGGAAAAGCCCAGAUUCCGGAGCAUUGUUCAUGCAGUGCAGGCUGGGAUUUUCGUAGAAAGAAUGUAUAGACGCACCUCAAACAUGGUGGGGCUGAGCUAUCCUCCAUCAGUGAUAGCUGUACUAAAGAAUGUAGACAAGUGGUCUUUUGACGUUUUUGCACUCAAUGAUGCAAGUGGAGACCACGGACUGAAAUUCAUAUUUUAUGAACUCCUCACAAGAUAUGAUUUAAUUAACCGGUUCAAGAUUCCCAUUUCUGCUCUGGUGUCCUUUGUUGAAGCCCUGGAAGUUGGAUACAGUAAACAUAAAAACCCAUAUCACAAUCUCAUGCAUGCAGCAGAUGUUACACAAACUGUCCAUUACCUCUUGUUAAAGACUGGGAUGGUGCACUGGCUGACAGAGCUGGAGAUCUUUGCUAUGAUUUUUGCAGCUGCCGUCCACGACUACGAACACACAGGAACCACGAAUAACUUUCACAUCCAAACCAGGUCAGACACGGCUAUUCUGUAUAAUGACAGAUCUGUGCUUGAAAGCCAUCAUGUUAGUGCAGCUUAUCGCCUCCUACAGGACGAUGAUGAAAUGAACAUCUUGUACAACUUGUCAAAGGAUGACUGGAGGGAACUGCGAGCUCUUGUAGUAGAGAUGGUCCUAGCUACAGACAUGUCCUGUCAUUUUCAACAAAUAAAGGCAAUGAAAAACUCCUUACAGCAACCAGAGGGGAUUGACAAGCCAAAAGCCUUAUCUCUGUUACUGCACACAGCUGAUAUCAGUCACCCAGCCAAAAACUGGGACUUGCAUCAUCGCUGGACCAUGUCACUGCUUGAGGAGUUCUUUAGACAGGGGGACAAAGAAGCAGAGCUUGGACUGCCAUUUUCUCCUCUUUGUGAUCGCAAGUCAACUAUGGUUGCACAGUCUCAGAUUGGGUUCAUCGAUUUCAUUGUGGAGCCCACCUUCACUGUGCUCACUGACAUGACCGAGAAGAUCGUUACUCCUCUCAUUGAUGAAGCUUCUCGCUCUGGUCUGACUGGGUUCCGGCGGUCCAGUUUGAACAGUAUUACCCCUUCAGAAGUGAAAAGGUCCAGUGUUAAGAGCACAGGGUCUGAAGGAAGUGCCUCACUAAACUGUUCCCUACUCACUGUGGACUUCAAAAAUUUCAAAGCCACCUGGAAUGAGGCAGUCCAGCAGAACAGAGAGAAGUGGAAGAUGCAAGCUAACAAAGACCUAGAAGAGAAGACCCGGAAAGAAGCCGAGGAGAAAGCCCGACAGGAGGAAGAGGAGAGGAGGGAGCGAGAGAAGGCUGAAGCUGGUGCUCCCGACCAAGCUCAAGAGCAGCCCGGCGAGCAAACCGAGGACAAGGAGCCGCAGGACAGCAGCGCAAAGGACGAUACGAACCCCUCAGAGGCCAAGGAAACAGCAGCCAGUUCAGAGACCAGCCAGCAGGUUCAAAACGAUUCUGGAGCGGAAGUGAAGAAUGAUCUUGAUUCCACUUCUUCCGUUACCACCUCCGCUGCUACAGCCGAUACAAACUAACCCAUCCUUCAUUCUUCAACAAAGACUUCAUUCCCAGGGAAAGAUUCUCUCCGAUGUUCCAGCACACUUUCCUUUAGACGUAGCGUACAUUACUUUGGAUUUUAUUUUUUAUUUUGUGUGUGUGGGGGGUUAACAAUUCCUAAUCCAAUGACUGAGCUUUUUGCACAGGAUGGUUGACUCCGUACUUCCACUUCCAAAAUGGCCGAGGACUGACAGUACACAGGCCUCCGCAAACGACAUUAGCUGUUUCACUUUUUCCCCAGCAGCAUAGAAAACUCCUGGAACCUAAUUCACUGUAUAUAAGUGUUCAUGACAAAAUUAUUGAUGAUAUAAUAUCCCUAGCUCACACAGAAAAGACAGCUUUUAUGCAUUGGAAAACCUAUUUGUUACUUGAAAGGACCCAAAUAAAGAAACGGGUCUUCUGAAGAGCAUGUAAUGUUAGCUGGGUGCUUCUACACAGAACUGUACGUCAUAUAGCUCAGUAAUACCUUGAGUAUUUUUUUAUUUGUGCAGGAGCUACUGAGUUAGCUAUACAUAAACCAGUCCUUAGCAUUAGAUUGCCUGUAUUAUGCUGCAUUAUUCAGUGUGAAGUCAAAAUCAAAUGCAGUGUGAAAAAAUUACCUUCGUUUUCAUUUUGAUAUGAAAAUGCACCAGCUUCAUGCAAUCCUUUAAGACAAACCGCAACACUUACAAAUCUGCUUCCUGGAAUUUAGAGAAUUAAUUUAUAGGAUCCUGUUUAACUUGCCAUAUGUGUUCUCAUGUUUGUUUGUUUUUUUAAUUAAUUUUAUCAGGGGAUUUAUUUUCACAAAAAUCCGACAGAAUGUAGAAUGCGUAUGCCCAAAUUUUAGCUUAACGAGGCUUGUUUCUCAAUAACAUGUGUUAAAGAAGAAAACAAUCAAUGUAAUUAGCUUAAGAGCAAAGCUACUCAAAAUAUUUAAAAUCUUAACUCAAUUCACGUUGUGAUUGUUUUUAUGAUGUCAGAUACUGUAUGAUACAGUUGUCGUAGUCAUAGUCUGCUAAAUUUAGAAAGGAACCUCAAAAUAUUUCAAUCUUUAAAAUGCAUCCAACAAACAACAUUUUUCACUAUACAUGCUGAAAAUGCUACACGGCAGGAAGAUGCUUUCUCAAUCACAGUAAUAUCCAUUCCAAACAGUUUUUUUUCUUUUCCUUAGAAAGAAAAAAUUACAUCUGUUGCCUUUAUCUGUCUUUUGUUUCUGGGCUUCUUUAAAAAUAAAGGUUGACUCUUAUCACAAUUCAUAAAUCCGCACUAGACAUCAGUAAUAAAUGUAAAGUGUAUGACUAAUUGGAAAGUAUUUAGACAGAAGUCUUUUGCCAUUAAGAUACCACAUAACCCAGAAUUUAUUCUGGUGGUAGUGACGCUUACGGUGGUAUUAAUUUCUCUUGCAAGCCCUCAGCUUCUUUUGAGAGGGUUAAGCUCUGGUCGUGAACCUGGACUUUUCUGGCUACAGUGAGAGAAACGUGUGUUUUUACAGCAUAAGUGCUUUUUAGCUGUGGCAGUUCUUAAACGUGCAACACAGUGCAGCUGUUUUCAGCAAGAAGUUCUCCAUGGCUGUUUUCAAGGAAGAAAAUAAAUGGUUUGGGAGAGAACAUGAGUGGAUUGGACCAGUUGUACUGCUUUGUGUCUGUAUCCAAAUAUGAUUACUGUAUGUCAUUUGUCCUUUACUGUACUUUGUAGUUUUAAUUGAGAAACAGGACUUUCAGAACUUUUUUCAGUUCACAUUUUCCACUUUAUUAACUGUAUUUCACUUCAUAUGGUAAAAUAUUAUGUUGGCUUCUGUCUUUAAAUUUCAUUUAAGACUUAGUAUGGAUAAAUUGUGCUCUAAUUUGCUUAUCCUAAUUCAAAAGACCAUGGGUUGAGCUUUUUUAAUUUUCUUUGGAAUGUUUCACUAAACCAUAAGAAUUACAUUUUGCUUCCAAGGAAGAAAAAAAGAUUUAGGAUGCUUUCUUAUCUCCAUUAAACAAACUCUGUUAGGCUUUGGGAAUCAUUACAAGCUUCUUACCUGUGAAGAUUUCAGUUCAUCUCACUUUAGGCUAUAAGAGCAAUUUAGAACAGCCUUGUUAAUUAAUUGUAUGAAUAAAACAUGUUCUCUUCACACUUUCAAGAAUAAAAUGUCCAGGUAAAAAAAUGCUUUGAAAUACUCUAUAAACAGAAAUCCACCAGUUUAGAUAACAGUGGGAAUGCUCCAAAGAUAAAAUGUUUUUUUAAGAGCAAGACAAUGAGAACAAUGGAUUUUUAUGAAUGUGUCAUUUUCCAUUUGUCUUGAUGCUCAUGCAUCUCUUCCAUUUUAGCCAGGCUAAUUCAACUUGUCUGUGUGAGAGUCAGUCUCCUCUAAGUUAAAUGUUUUUUGAUACUUUUAUUUAUGUAGCGUGAAGUUAUGUGUCUGUGAUCGCAUAUGAUAUGCCCUAAAAAUGUCUUCCACGGAAGAGCAUUUAAUUUUAAUAGAGAACUUGAUCGUCAGAAAAUAGGCUGCUGUUGAACAAUUUAGAAACAAAAACAAAUUCCAAAAAUACUAAUUCUGUGAACUUGCUCUGGAUGUCCACUUUUAGUAGUUUUGGAGACUGGUGUUUCAAAAUGAUGCAGGAUUACUGUUAUGAGAAAAAUCAUUUUUUCCAGUAUGCCUCAUCAAAUUUUUUAUGCUAGUGUACAGUACUCUUCAUUCUUUUUUUCUGAUCUGGCUGAGAAAAUGCCUUUCCGUAAACUGUUCUAGAAGUCUUGCCUUUUUCUAAACUGUUAGAGAUGUUUAAGAAGUAAUGUGUUUCAGUUUGUCAAGCCUAAUGGCUGGUGUUGCAAAAUACAAAACUUGUAUUUUUACUGCUCCUGACAUUUGCCUUUCAUUAUAUGUGAACAGCACUACGCUCUGCCUACAGCACAUACAAAUAGAUAACACAGGAGUAUAUAAUCUCCAAUUUUAAAAUAAACUGAAUGAACAUAGUAGUGACUGUGAGUCAUCUUUUUAGACUGUUUUAAUAGCAUUGUGACUUCCCAGUUGUUGAAAUGCCUGUACACAUCUCCUUCUCUGUCAUAGAAAAAUGUCUGUCAGUAUUUUCUUCAUGUUCUUUGGGCACAACCUAAAUAUCUAGUUUGAGAGUUGUUGUUUUUAAUUUUUCAGAAACAUUCUGGUCCAUUUGCCUUCCAACGGCAAACUUAGGGCUCUAAAUAGGGUUCUAGUUCACAAAUGUCUUUAUUUUUUCAGAGGUCACCAUUGGCAGACAUUUAGACAUACAGUAUAGGCUCCAUUUCCAGCAACAGCCUUAGGAAAAAUAAUUAGUCUUUAGGAUUAAACACUGGACUGGAAACUGAUUUUGUCUGAAUGGCUGACUGCUCGUUGACAGAACCUGAUGAAUGAGUCACAGUUGCUCUUAAUGAGUAAUUAGUAUUCGGAUGGAGAGACAUUCCACAUAAGGAAAAGUAGUAGUGUGUGAUUGGUCAUGCCUCUGCGAUAAUUGCAGCUUAAAAGAGAAGUCAGGAGGACAAGGUGGUAGUCUGUGUCUACUGUAGUCUGGAAGAAGAGAGUGUAUGAGCACUGAGCUAUGGGGGAGGUCUCAUAGAUUUGAAUUGAGCCGGUCUUUGUGUCUGUGAGAAUCAGUGCAUAAAGGAUACUUCCAAAAACACAGUUUACUGUAGGUCUGUAAUGAGGUCCCUCACCAGUGCUGGUAGACUGCAGAUACCUGUAGGUAGUUUGCCGUGUGUAGCAGUGUAGUGACUGGGAAUUACUGCACUGCUGAGGAUCCCCUGUGGAGAUGCGUGGUGUCUAGAGGACGGGUUGGAUCUUGAUUUCCUGUGUCCCCUGAUGUUGAGACUUACUGGCUGUCUUGGAUUGUGGUUAGCCAGCAAACUGGACGCUGUUGUGUCGGUGGUACAGCUUUCUAUGAUGGAAUGCUGAUGGCUGACCCUGGCCAAACAGGAUCAGCUGGCAGUUAGUUAUGGGGGGACAGGCUAUUCCACUGUGCAUAUUAAUGAGGAAAUGGAAAACUGGUGAAAAGAACAAAGUUUAGUGCUGCAUUAUCUCAUUGUGAAAGGUGAAUAGUGAUUCGUAAAUUGAGGAUUGCAGAAACUGGAGUUUGAGGGGAAAAAACUGAAGCAUUCUGUAAGUGUUACAGUAGGUGAAACUAAUGUGUUGUGUAUGAAAAUAGUGUGUAUAUGGCAAGGGAUGUACAGUUAAUAUCCAAUGCCCUGUUUUGGUGAGCCACUAUAAUACUGCUUUUAAAAAAAAUGCUCUCCUGGUACUGUAUUUCCUUCUUAAUACAUAAAGUAAGCUUUGCGUGAUUGCUGUUUAGCUAGGACCUGCAACAUCAUCUCAAAGAAUACUCUGCAACCCCUAGAGGAAGAUAAAAGUAAAACUCUAGGAAAUAAAGACUUCAACAUCUAAAAGGAAUGUAUUAUAAAGAAUUAAUUAAAUGUGAGUUAUUGUAAACAAAAAAAACUUGCUAUAAUGACACAUCCAUUCAUUACUACUAUUAGAGGUGCCCCAUGUCUCUAGACUAAAUUUGUGUAUUGCUGUUUGAUCAUGAUUAUACCAUGGUUUAAAACAUAUAGCUUUAAUAUACAUUGAAUAUGUGUCCUUUACUGGGCAUUCAUUUUGAAACUUUAAUCUUAAAUUGCAUAUUCAGCAUUAAUUACUGUUUUUCUAUUGUCCUUCAAACAGCUUUUGUCCAGUUAGUGUUGCCUGGCCUUCAAAACGUUUAUUUAACUUUUCAAAUGUGAAACUGAGUUUAUAUUAUGUUUAAUCUGGAUUUAGGAAAUGUUUGUGUUGUUUUUUUUAAUUCCGUGAGAUAAUAAAAAAAAGUUACCAAACUCCAUAACUGGAGAAAUGUAACAGAGAGAAAACAAUAUGUACGUCAAAUACUGCACUGUAAUAUGAACAUCUUGAUAUCUUAGACAAACUCCAAACUUCAUUUCUUUGAUGUUGUUAAAGUGUUAAACAGAUAGAUACUUAAAAGUUUAAAAAGUAGCACGAGAAAAGGAGCCAGAAAAAAAAUAAAUUGAUUUUGAUAAUUUGGUAUUGGGUACCAUGGAAUUAUGAAUCAAUUUCUUAGAAUGUUUGCAUUUCAUGUUCUCCUGGGAAGAGACUUUCAAAGAAUUACAGGUCCCAAUAAAACACUAACAAGAAUAGAUGGAUUUUGACUUAAGAUUUUAAUGAGCUUCUUAUAAGUUUGCAAAUAUUCCCUUAGUCAAUGAAUGGUGUGUAUUUAUAACUUAAUGAAAGCAGACUAUUGUACUUAUCCAUAAUUUUUCAGCUGUUUGUGUAUUAUGGACAUUCACAAGGAUGGUGUGAUUCCACUAAUUCUCACUAAUAAAAAAAAAUGAUUGACAUAAACAAGAAGGUCAACAAAAACUGAAAGGGCUAUAUAAAGUUAAUACCUGACAAAAUUAUAUAUAAUCAUGAAUUUGCUGUGCGUCCAUCUACUGUAUAUCAUAAUUUAAGGGGUUAAUGUUUUCACAGGCCUUAAAUGCAUGUCAGGUGUUACUGUUUCUAUACUAAGGAUAUUAAUACCAAAUCAAAGAGAAUGACUAUAACAGCUCUUUCCAUGCAAAUGGUUAAUGAAAUCACUGUGCAGAAAGCAUUGCCUUGACCACACACUGAUUGACGUUUUUUUUUAACCUGGACUUUUAAUUAAACCUGUUUUUAAAUCCUGAUAAAAAAACACUCAUCAUUUUGGCUCUGCAAUUAAAAAAUGCCAUGUCAACUGUGAGCAAUGUACACAUUAUUAAAAAUUCAGACUUAAAGCCUUGGUUGAUAUGUAAUUAUAUUUGUUGAGCUUUUCUUGGGAUACAGUGCUUCUGUGGAAAUAGGUGGGUAUUCGUGGUCAUAAGAGUAAAAUAUUGACGUAUAUAUGUUACUCAGUAUAUAAUCAGUAUAAAUCAUUUUUUUUAAUGUCAGCAGCUUUCAAAAACAGUUCUACUGACAACCUUAUAUAUUCUUCCCGCAGUCUCAAUCGUUUAAUGUGUUAAAAUUUUGUGACCAUUGUCUUUGAGAUAAGAUACAGCUACCUUUUGUUUUUUUUUUCUGAUUUUUGGAAUACUGCUAAAAAAAUUGUUUUUUCGUAGCAGGCUUGUAGACUGUUUCUUGCAGAUAGCACAUUGAUUUGAUUUAAUCUGGACCUUAGUUUUCCUUUUUUUUUGUUUUGCGAGACAUCAAAAAUUCUUUGCUUUGAAAACGACGACAUACAAAUAAACCUAAAGGAAAAAAAACCCUUGUAAAUUGUAUUUAUGGCAUAAUUUUAAUCCGAGUCUGAAUAGCCUGGGUUACAUUUGAUUUAAGUCUUCUGCAAACACACGUGUGCCUGAAUUGCAUUUAAAUAAAAUGCAGAUAAUUUUCAAACAUGCUUUGUUGCAUUUCAGUCCCUUAAGCUUCCCACUGUUUUUCAAAAUGUCCUUGAAAACACUUAUAUAUUUUAAUAGAACAAAUAUAUACUGGGAUGCUUUAGAGGCACAGCAUGUGUAAUUGUCCCUGAUUGUAAAUGAUGUAAUACAACCCAUUAACCUUUUGGAGUAAUGGUAUAGGUGUUUGUGAUGUACAAAAUGUUAAAGCUCAGGUCCUUUAAUUGCACUACUCUACCAAUUCCCUGCCUGAGGAAUAGCAGACAGUUUGACAUCAUAUGUGGCAAAAAAAUGUUCCCUUGUGAGAUAGUAAAGAUGAUGUCUGACAGAUGUUUUUCCAGGCUUAAAUUCUAAAUCUUUUCGGCAUUUCCAUUUUGUAGUUUCUGCAGCGUUUCCUAAUCUUCCUGUUUUGGUAUCAUCUGCAAAUGUUCUAAUGUUCUAACAAUACCAGAAUCUAGAUUAUUGAUGUAAAAAAAAAAGAAGAAAAAGGAUCCUAAUGCAACCCAGUGGUACUCUACUGAUGACAUCGCCCACAUCUGAACAUUCAUCAUACUGUAUAUCUGCACUCUGUUUUUUAUCCACUAACCAUUUCUUAAUUGAAACACAUGCAUUUCCUUGAAUGCCUGCCACCUACAGUGCAAGACAUGACAUGCAAAUGUGUUUGUUCAGUCAAUAGCUGGAUUUUAACCCUGUCAAAGCUUUUUCUGAGCCAGCUAGGCAGAUAUGUACAUGAACGUUAACCACUGUCAAAAUAAUAUUAGUGAUCCUAAGGUUUCUAUCCAAUUUGUUGGCUGAAACAUCACAGAGAUGAGUGUAUGGCACCAUUAUCAUGUUUGUGUUUGAGACAAGGUGGACACUCCAGGUAUAGUCAAAGGGGUCUGUUAUAAAUGUACUUUGUGAUCUCUAUACCUCGUGUGACUUAAAAAUUAACAUCUAAAAUAUACCUUUCCUGUAUAUUUUUGUAUUUUUCUGAUAUAAACAUGAAUUUGCCUGUUUUAAGUAUUUUCUUUUUUAUCAGUCAUAUCAAAGCGUAACAAAAAAAAAAGUCUGAAAAACCUGUUCUGUAAUAUCAAAGUUAGUCAACAUGUAGUCAACAUACAGUAAGACUACAAAAUACCUUCUCUCUGUGUUAUCAGUGGUUUACAAAAGUAAUGCAAAAUUAUUUUCUGGAGCAAUUGCAAACAUGAAAUUUUGGAAAGAAACAGAAACUUCUCUGUAAGCAAGAUGCUAUGAAUCUCUUUUGUUGUGCUGUUGUGUUGUCCCUUUUGUUCUGUUCUACUACACAGUUGAUUUUUGUUUGAAUCCUUGUGUAUGUGUUACAGUUAUGAAAAUCCUGAUGGCACUGUGUCUCUGCCUUAUUUGAACGAACAACUGUUAGUCACGUUGCACCAAACUAUUUCUAGCUACUUAGUGAUCUUCCAUAGCACCAUACUCCCUUGUCCACAGAGUAACUACUAUACUUUAAUAAUGAUAGUCUUACUACUGUCUAAUUGGAACACAAUUAAUAAAGUGCCAUGUUCACCAACACUCUUGUGUAUACUAUAAAAUAGCCAUAUACAGUCAGACUAGAAGGGAAGGCAUUGUUAAUUUAGAACCCACCCCAUGGAUGUCACAUUGUUUAAUGAGUGCAGCAACCUGACCAAUGAAGACCUGCUACUGUAGGUCAGAGUGAGUCAAAGAGAAAUGAAGGAAUGAAUGGAAACAAAGAAAAUAGAAGCUCUGUAUCACAUAAAACAAGCUGUCUAGUUCCUAUUUUCUAGCAUACAUGAAUAUGUAGUAAUUGCAUUUUUAACCCAGUUAGAAAUAUUUUUAUACCAUGGGAAGAUCCAGUUUUAUGUUGUGCCUAUCCUAUAUUUAUUGAUAGUAUUUAGCAAAAUUUAAUGUUGUUACCAAAUGUUAAAUGCACAGAUGUAAGUUAGUCUGUAAUAUAAUGUAAAGGAGAUGCACAGCCUCUGAAACCAUUAGUAUUCUAAAGCUCAAGAUAGAUUUUACCACAUCUGCGACUUGUACUUUACUACAUCAUUCUACGCAUCAUGUGUGCAGACACCCAUAUAUGCACGUGUAUACUGUAUAUAUCAAUGUAUAUAGUGAUGCACAAAUAAAUGCAACACUCAGGUCUGAUGGAUUUAAUUUUAAGAUGAGAUAUCUGACAAAAUUAUGGCAAAUUUGAAAUAAACUACAGCUCAAAGUUCUUGUUUUCAGAUGAAACUGUGUCAAAAUGAAGAUAUUUAAAAGUUAAUCUCAAUUGCGACCUCCCAUAAAAAACACUAUAUACUGAUAAUGCUGAUGCAUUGAUCUGAUCAGACUCUGGACAGAAUACUUUAUGAUGUUCUGCCUCUUCCAGUGCAUCUGACGCUAGCUAGCUAAUUAUGGCCAAGUAUGGCUAAUGGAUUUGAUUAAUUGGUCGCCAGGUCAGGAGAAAAACCUGAGGAAUAGUGAUUCCCAGCACCAUAUGGUCUUGGAUUAUCCAACUGGAAAUUUUAGAACCAAGUUGGUUUGCAAAUUGGAAACACGGUUGGUUCAGUGACUUCAGCACCAACUGCUUUCCUGUUUCAGAUGAUUUCUCCCCACAUCAUCACUCUUCCUCCACCUCGUAGGUUGGUUUGAACAGUGCAACAUUAACCAUAAUGCUCACCAUAAUAUCUCAACACAAGUUGUCUUCCUGCCUUCUUCUUGACGGGCUUGUCAAAUGCAAAACAUUGGCAAAUAGCACCUUCCAUUUCCCAGUCUCCAGGUGUUCUCUAAUCCAUAGAAUGUCCAUCGCCCAAUGUUACUCCUGCAUAACCUUUGAACAUGUAUUUUUCAUGGAGAUGACAAGCUGCUCUUAUUCCAUUGCUACGCAGGUUAUUUCUUCUUGGAAUUUCUUGUGCGUUAGCCACUGCAUCUAAAAACACUUAAGCAGAUGAAUCUGGGAUGGACAAGCCAGCUUCCUGAUUGUGGUCACAUUGUGGUCACUGUUAGUGUGUUAAUUAAAGUGAUGGAUAUUUACUGUACAUCAGCUCAUUUUACAGUUUUUUGUGAUCAAAUUUACAUUGUGCCCGUUUUAACUGAACUGCUUUAUUUUUAUGAAGUCACAUGGCUCGAACUCAAUGUUCCAUUAUCCUGAGGAGCCGUACUGUACUACUAAAAGGAUCACAAACUCUUUUGCUUCCUAUUUGAAAUUUCAAUAAGAUUUACUUUGCCCAACAACCUAGAUUUUGUGUUUUUGUUGUGCAUCAGUAUAUACACACACCAAAAAAUUAUAGUUCUGUUUCCGUUUAGCAUUUCCUAUAAUAUGUUGCUGAUUCUUUAACUUUUUCCUUAAAUUAAUGAAAACAUUAAGAAAAUGAGACAUGUAUUUCAUUACAUUGGUUCAAUAUUCAUUGUUUGAAGCCAUAUAUUUUAUGCAUUUCUGUCACUUAGUGGCAAGUUGGCAUUGUUCUAUUUUUAUUUUUAUCUUUAUUCUGAAUAUUUUAUGUAAUGUAUGAUUUGCUAUGCCAUUUUUUCAUAGAAUUUAAACAAAAACUAAACUGUGUUGGCCAAUGUGGUCCUAUUUGUUACAAUGCUACGUUAUUGUACUGUUGUGACAAUAAAUCUGGA